AUGUCAAGAGUGUGCCGAUGUCUGUCUCGGAAGAAGGUGACCCCAAGCUUAGAAGAUGGGUUUAGUCCAGUUGGAAUACCUGCCGAACCACAGCCAAGAAGUGCGUUUGAGGCCAAGGUCCCAGAGGAGACCGAACCCUGCCCCGGAUGUGGUACUAUCUACACGCCAAAUGCCAACUAUUGCGCACACUGCGGCCGACGGAGGGGAGAGGCUCCCAAGGAGUCUUCUCCGAGUCCGGUCUCAGAGGUCAAGCAGAGUGCAUCUCCUUUGCCAACGAGCUCGCCAGCGCGCGAGAAUUUGCCAGCCAAGGCGCCAGCGCCUGCAGCCGCACCUGCGCCGGCGGACAAUGAAUCCACCUCGAGACAGGCCACAUUGCCAACAGCGAAGGCGGAGGCAGCGAUCUCCACGCCCAAGCCGAGCACGCCAAGUGUGCCCAGUGAGCCGAGUGCAAUUCCGGCUGGCAAAGAAGGCAACUAUGUGGUGGAGCUACGAAGGGAAAAGCCGACCGACAGGUAUGGUUUCGCAUGGGACGCGAAUUCCUUGGAAAAGCAGAAUCUUCGAGUGAUCAACAAGAUUCUUCCUGGGACCCUGGCUGCAGUGUGGAAUGCCUCGGCUCCACCAGGCUGCGACAUUCGCAGUGGCGAUAUGCUUGUGAAGGUGGAGUUUGGUGGAGUUUCACUGAGUUUCACUGUUCCGCACAGCUUCGUUUAA